AUGGGCCUACGCAAACGGUUGAGGUUGGCCGUCGGCCGCUCCCGGGACCCGCCCGAUGAACGCAACGUCCCGACAUCGUCAAGCACUCCCCGAGCGUCUCCAAGUCCCCGCCCGCCGUCCGAAUCCCGCGAUGAACCCCAACCUCCGGCCGCUGGACCGACCAGCUCGCCGGACGCUAUUCCUGCAACAGAGCCAAAGGCACGCCUUGAUGCAUGGAACAAGGCAUACGAUGACCUCAAAAGUACCGAUGCCAAGCUUGUCAGCGAGUAUGAGAGGCUCUUACACCAGGAAGCUGGGGCGGAAGAUGCGCCGGCCCAGGAUACAUCGAGCCCUCAGACCGAGAUCGAUCAUGCAGGCCACAAGCGUCGUAGGCAGCAGAUGGAGAACAUCGCACAGACUGCACUCGACCGAACAGAAAAAGAAGCCAGAGGAACGAAGCGUGCUGAAGAGGUCAUGGGGGUCGUCGAUCUUGCCCGGGAGCUCGGGGCCCCCGUGAUCCAGACCUUCCCACAAGCAGCUCUUCCUUGGGCUGGGGUGUGCGCUGCACUGCAACUGUUCAAGAAUCCCAUCACCGAGAGCAAAGCUCAACGCGACGGAAUGGUCCACGUCAUCACUCGCAUGAAAUGGUACUGCGAGUUGGAGAAUCAACUUUCACGCAAGAUUGACAACGGCAAAGAAUCGGAUUCUGGGCUCCUCAAUCUUCUUGAAGACAAGAUCGUCACCCUGUAUACGGCGCUUCUGACUUUCCUCAUGAGGAGCGUCUGUUCAUACUUCAAGAACAGGAUCCUGGCUGGCCUUCGGAACGCCCUCAAAUUGGAUCAGUGGGAAGACAGCCUGAAGGCGAUCAAGAAGUCCGAAGAAGACAUUUAUCGGGACGUCGAAUACCAAAACUUGACAGAAGUCAACUCGAACCUGAAAGAAAUCCUCGCGUUCGCGAAAGAGAAGGAGUCGGAGUUUUUCGAGAACGUCCUCAGUGUCAUGCAAGCGCAGUUGACGUUGCAACUCAGCCAACUCGACCAGCAAUGCCUCAAGGACGUGCUUCUUCAAGAUCCAAGAAUCGCGAAAGAAGAGAUCGAAGACGUCAAAGGUGGCUUGUUCGAGGAGUCGUGUGAGUGGGUUUUCGAGAACGACGAUUUUCGGAAAUGGCACGAAGAAGACGAAAGCCGUGCCCUAUGGAUCCAUGGCGAUCCCGGCAAGGGAAAGACCAUGCUUCUGUGUGGUAUCAUCAACUCGAUCCAGCACCGGCUUCCGCAGACCGACACUCUGUCGUAUUUCUUCUGUCAGGCCGAUCAGCCGAAUUCAAACACGUUCACCGCGGUUCUACGUGGGAUCGUGUAUGACCUUGCAAGGAAGCGUCCUGACCUUAUCAAGCAUGUUCGCGAGGUUUACGAUGUGAAAGGAACAAAACUUUUCACCGACAACGGGUCAUGGGCGGAUCUAUCCAAGAUCUUGACCCAAAUGGUCAGUUCCCUAGAUCAAGGGACGACUUAUCUGCUGAUCGACGCUUUGGACGAGUGUCAGGAAGAUCGCGACCGACUCAUGAAGUUCAUCAUCAAUAAAGCUUCGGAACAACCAAAUCUCAGAUGGAUCGUCACAAGUCGAAACUGGAGUAGCAUUGGAUCAUUCUUUGAGAAGAAAGAAACUGUCCGAUCCUUGUCCCUCGAAAACAACGCGGAUCUCAUUUCACUGGCUGUUCGCGGCUAUAUCAGCUACCAGGUCAACAGCCUUGCCCACGAGAAAGGCUACGAUGAUGGGUUCCGUGCUCAAGUUGAAACUCAAUUGCUUUCCAAGGCUGAAGAGACGUAUCUUUGGGUAGCCUUGGUUUGCAAAGCGCUACGCGACACCGAAGGUGAUCCUUUCUGGGCCGAAGAGGUUCUGAAUGAGUUCCCAGCUGGACUAGAUGACCUCUACAGCAAGAUGAUGAACCAAGUCACUCAAGGAAAACAGGCAGACUUAUGCAGACAAGUCUUAUCUUGUCUUGCUCUUGUCCAUCGGCCCAUCACCUUUCUGGAAAUGGUGGCUUGCAUCGACUUAACCCCGGCUCUGAGAUCUAAAGCGCUUUCUGAGGAGCGUUUAGCCAGUAUACUCAAACCAAUCGUCAACUUGUGCGGCUCGUUUCUCAAAAUUCGAAACGAAACCGUCUACUUCGUCCACCAAUCAGCCAAAGAAUAUCUUAAUGGUCCACAAGCUGAGGCUGUUUUCCCAAAGGGCGCUUCUCAUGCUUAUUAUGGAAUCUUCCACAGGUCUAUCAUGAGCCUGAUGACAGGACUUCAUCGAGAUAUGUAUCGUCUUGAAACCCCUGGAUCUCUAGACUCAUUCGGCAUCCAUAUCAAUGAUGUCAAAAAUCCCCUCAACAAUGCUCUAUCUGCCCUCAGCUACUCUUGCGUGUACUGGGUAGACCAUCUUGAGGCUUGUGUAGCAGGCAACGAUGAUCAACUGAAUAUCCUCGUCGACGGUGGAGGACUAGAGACCUUUCUCAAGACGCAUUUCCUUUACUGGUUAGAGGCGCUGAGUCUUCUAAGGGCAAUGGGUGAAGGAAUCACAUCUUCGGGGAGGCUUCUGCAAAUUGUCAGGGUAAGUCCCUCCAAGUUGCACGCGAACUACUACAUUCAUCUCCGCUAA